UAUAAAAUGUUGCGAUGACAAAAUUCAAAACAGUGCAAGGCGGACAAUGCGAUCGUGAUGUAUUCCAGGAACGUGAUUUGUGUUUUGUUGCUCGGGUUGUGGGUGGAGAGCAGUGAGAGCGCCAAAGACAAGCUGCACAUCAAGGUGAAAGUACCGGACCUGGUGCACAAGCACACGCACACCAAGUACGUCUACCUGCACGACAAGAAGGAACCAAAGAAGAUGCACCACCACAAGGGCAAAGCCAAGUACCAGUUCAGUCCGUUCAGUUACAACUACCAGCCGUUUUUCAACGACGGGUACUCCAAGGCCAAGUCCUGGAAAACCCUUAGAAGCGAGAAAUACGAAACCGAGACGGUCAGUAACCCACACAGUGAUUAUCCCGGGAACAAGUACAUAGUCAAAAGCAACUACAAAGUGAGGGAGAAACUGCCUUAUGAGGACACCACGAUUGGGUACGACCGCGAAUUCCAGUACCCUUCAGCUGAUAUCGAAAGCGAUUAUCACAAGAAUGAGAAACUUGUAGACUACGAAAACCAAAAGCACGACCCUUUCCCCAAAUCGGGCAAAUUACAAGGGAAGAAAAAUGGCCCUAAAGAGUACUACUACAUCUACAAAGGCCCAGCGCCCGAGUACGACUACUACAAAAACGACAACGACUUUUUCCCCCUUGAACACAUUCAAGAAUUCGAAAAAGACGCACCGAAAGAGAAGAAGAAACCGAAAGAGGUUCAGUACUCUUACAAAGUACCAUCGUCCGACUAUGACUUCCACAAGAGCGUGCAACUUGUCGAUUACUACUUGAAAAAGAAUAAUAACAAUCCGGACUUUUCGUCGGCUCCUUUGCAGGAAGAACCCAAGAACACGUACAAUGAUGUUGAUUACGAAGUUGCAAAAAAUGAGAACAGUCAUUUUGACCCUUCCAUAGAGUAUGAGUUUGAAAAAUACAAGACUGACCCCGAGUAUGACCAUUUGGACGAGUAUGGCGAUUUUUAGGGACCAAAGUUGGGUCUUUUAUCACAUUUUAGACGACUUUUUUCCCACAGAUGGACUUCAAGCGUUAAUUUUCCUCUCGUGGAUAUCAGAAAGCUUCGAUAUUUUUCAGCUUUUUUAAGUAUUUUUUUACUCACAAGACUAGAAAUUUUUUACUAAUUAAUUUCAGGCAAGAAUAGUUUGUAUGCAAAGCACUGAAUUGGAGCUGAUGGAUGAGGAGAGUGCAAAAAAUAGUAGAGUAUGUUAUUAGGAGUAAUAGGGCUAGUUUAUUUUGCCGAACGUAGUGAGCUGAGCUAGAAACUCAUUCUUACGUCAAUAAUACAGUGCGUUCAAAAAGUCUUUAGAUCAACUCUUGCUGUGAAAUUUUGAACGCAUGUUGAUUAAAUAUUGGCGUUGGAGAAAUUCGCAAGUAGCGCGUUUGACACUUCAACAGAAUAAAACAAUAAUCUGUCAAAGACAAUAAAAAUCUGUCAAUUUAAAUUUCACAGCAAGAGUUGAUCUAAAGACUUUUUGAACGUACCGUAUAUAUUUUAUCCGCAAACGUAAAUAUUCAGAUAAAUUGAUAAAAAAUGAAGGAGAUCUUUUUAAAUACUUGGCUACUGACUUUGUCACAUUCACAAGAGUGUAGAAGAUACUCUUGACUAUUUAAGUAUUUCACAAGAAAUCGUCUAGGUUUAAAGCCCCCAGUUCUGUUCUAGAAGAAAGAUAAUUUUUAUACAGGGUGAGUCUGCUAAAAGUAUAUUUUUAUCCCAAAAACUAUCUCACAGAUAUCAGCGUUUGCUCUUAUAAAUACUUUAUUUUUUUAUAUGCAUGUGUUUUUUGCGGCGACUUAUUAUUAAUUAGUUAAUUAAUUAAUUAAUUUUAAUUAUAAGAAUUGUAGAAAAAAUCCGAAAAAAUUCAAAUGUAUUGGGAAGAACAUAGAGUACCUAUUUAAUUGCAAACACUGAAUUCUGUGUGAUUAUUAGUUUUUGGGAUACAUUAAAAAUACACUUUUAACAGACUCACCUUGUAUUUCGUAAUUUUUUUUCUUUAAGGACGUAAACGGCCGCUUUUUAUUCGUUUGGUGUGAGAUAUAUUGAUCAAUUGGUAAAAGUAAAAAUGCUGAGGCGCAAAAGUAGAACUUUUACUCUGUGACUAAAAAUUAAAACACAGUUGUCAUUAUAUAUAUUUUUUCUGAAAUUGCAAUUUUUUGAAUUAUGUAAAAAUUUUAUUACUAUGGGGCCAACUUUUUGGAUUUUUUCUCAAAAUUGCGCACUAUAUUUACAACUUUAUACAGACGCUUUUAAUAAUAAUGUAUUUUACAAUUUCUGAAAAAUUAUCUGCUAUCUUCAGUUGACUCUAUUUUCUAAAGCAGAGGUUAAAGGAUUUUUUUCUUAAUUAGAAUAAAAGGCCUUUUUUGAUAUUAAAUAAGUUUCUACGUCAUUACUUUUUGUUCUAGAGUAGAUAGAGUAGAUAAAACCGCCACUGAGUUGAGACAAGUUAAUUAUUUUCUUGCUUCUAGCAACAAAUUUCACCAAGAAAAGAAGGAUAUAAGCCAUUGCCCAAACCUCUACCUAAUAAAGAACAUAUUUUUCUUCACUUGAAUAGAAGAACGAUCUAA